GCUCCUCCCUCAGCGGCGCCUGCAGCCGCAGUGACAGGCGAGCCGGCCCGGUAGCGGAGAGGAAGGGCGGCCGCCGCGCAGAGUCCGUCCCCGCUAAGGCCGGCUCCUGGGGCGGCUCGGGAGACAGUGUCGCCGCCGCCAGCGCAGCGCCGGGCCGAGCCGAGCGCCAGGCGGAGGCUGCAGCAGAGACGCGGGGAAAAUGGCUGAUGACUUUGGCUUCUUUUCGUCAUCGGAGAGUGGGGCCCCCGAGGCGGCCGAGGAGGACCCAGCGGCCGCCUUUCUGGCCCAGCAGGAGAGUGAGAUCGCGGGCAUCGAGAAUGACGAGGGCUUCGGGGCACCUGCUGGCGGCCAGGUGGCCCCCGCGCAGCUGGGACCCGCGAGCGGGGCUGGUUCUGAGGACAUGGGAACCACGGUCAAUGGAGAUGUGUUUCAGGAGGCCAAUGGGCCUGCGGACGCCUACGCUGCGAUCGCCCAGGCCGACAGGCUGACGCAAGAACCCGAGAGCAUCCGCAAAUGGAGAGAAGAGCAGAAGAAACGGCUGCAGGAGCUGGAUGCUGCUUCUAAAGUCAUGGAACAGGAGUGGCGGGAGAAGGCCAAAAAGGACCUAGAGGAGUGGAAUCAGCGCCAGAGCGAGCAAGUGGAGAAGAACAAGAUCAACAACCGGGCAUCUGAGGAGGCUUUUGUGAAGGAAUCCAAGGAGGAUACUCCAGGCACUGAGUGGGAGAAGGUGGCCCAGCUGUGUGACUUCAACCCCAAGAGCAGCAAGCAGUGCAAAGACGUGUCCCGCCUGCGCUCGGUGCUCAUGUCCCUGAAGCAGACACCGCUGUCCCGCUAGGUGCCUGCCUUUGGCAGCACGGCCACAAAGCAUGGGUGGGGCAGGGUGAAGGAAGGGCAGCUGCUUUGGGUGAUGGGGGGACACUGCCCCCAGCAGCUGCUACAUACAGCCUAUUCCGUUCCUCCCCAUCUCCCAGGGCUGGGAAGGGGACCCCUCACCCUUCACCCUCAUCCCCUCCUGGCGCUACGGCCCAGCCCAUCACACCUCCUGUCAGUCCACUCAGUUGUGACUGUCCCUCCUGAUGUAUUUUUUUCUUGGCUUAAACGGUGUGUUGUUAACUCUUUUUACACUUAUUUAUUAUCAUUCUCAUUUCUCUGGAAGCCA